ACUGAUGGGACUGACUACACACAAAGCGGCUGAUUCAGAUGAGCUGCUCAUGACUUGAUCUUCAUCCAAGUCCGUAGAAAGUAGAAACCCUUCAGUAAAGACGGGAGCUCCAGCUGUGACCCACAUCCACCUCCCUGAACCUGUCUCUUCCGCCUUCCUUCUCUUCCUUCUCCUCCUCCUCCUCCCCUUCCUUCUCCCUAACAGGUUGGGUGGAGCUGUUUGUACCUGGACCCUACAACAAAACACAGAAGAGUGGUUCAAGGAUUACAAAAUGGCGUUAUAGUCGGACUUUAUCGUAGUUUAUCGAUUUAAAAAUACGGUAAGUGGAAAUUUGAAUGCUAACGGUCGUAUUGAGACCGCGCGUGACAAUAAGCGUUUUAGCUUCACUCAGCUACUUUCACCUGCUAACACAAUUCUCCGUCCUUUCUAUUUUUACCUGUUUUAAAACGACCAACCUGCUCUGAAGUUUCAUGACAGGAAGUUUGUAAAGCUAACUUGAUGAAAAUGAAUGUUUUAAGUUUGUUAUUCGGUGUAAAAUUAUAUUUUGAGCUGAUACACAAAACGUAACUCAACAUUUUUAAAACGUCCUGACGCAAUCGUACGUCAAUGGUCAGUUUUCUCCUCAAAAAGCCGGAUUUGCCUUUUUUCUUCUUUUUGUAAAUAUGAAGAUUAAAAAGUGAGAUUUUAUUUUUUUAAUAUUUGUAAAUUGUUUGUACUUUAGUUCACAGAGUGUCAUGAAAUGGUUUUAUACGUUCAAAGGUCAUUUUGGUGUCUUGCUUGACGUUAGGUGACGUUAUGAGCCAGCCGCCCCGUUCAAACCGGGGACACCGGGAGAGAAACGGAGACCACCGACACUACCGGGACUCUCACGAUGACCGACAAUCAACACCUGACAGGUGUGCCAUUACACAACACAAUAAUACAUACAUAAGAAUUCAAAUAUCCAACAGAAGAACUAGCUAAUAAAUAGAUUAAGUUUUUGUUUCAUAGCUUUUGGUAUUGGAUUUGACUAUUUAUUAGGGGUGGGAAUCACCAGUGGCCCCACGAUAGGCUACGAUAUUAUCAUGAUUCGUGGGCCACGAUACGAUAUUAUUGUGAUUUGUAAUAUUUUGCAGUACAAUGAGUAUUGCGAUACAAUAUAUUGCAAUUUAUGAUUUUUUUUUUAACUGUUUAGCUAGAUUAGCAUUUGUCUUUCCUUUAUCGUUGUCUUAUUUACGCUGUGUUUUAUUCUCAUGUAGCACAUCUUGCGAACUUUACAUAUAUAUUUGUUGUACAAAUUUUUUCCUGCUCUAUGAUGUCAACUCUGCCAACCUAACUGGACAAACAGAUUAUUUUAUUUCUCCAUUAUCAUAGAUUUGACUUCAUAUUAGCAAUUCAUUUGAAAAAUCGAUACUUGGUAUACGAGACGAUACAAUAUAUCACCAGACACAAUAUCGCGAUACUAUGCUGUAUCAAUUUUUUCUCCAACCCCCACUAUUUAUCACAUGAAUCUACAAAUUUCCAUUGAAAAGAACCACCUAAGUUAGAAUCACUCAUUUUCUAUACUCCUAAAUAUACAAAAUGUUUUAAAGGGAUGUUGCUAUGAGUUCUACACAUUUCAUAUAUCAGUCCGAAAUAAGCUUCCUUAGUUUCAUUCAUUCAUUCUGUUUCUGUUCCAGGCCUUCCUCACGACCCCCGUACUACCCCAGAGAGGAUGACCCCCCUCCAAAUCAUCGGGACGCUCGGGAUGUCCCUCGAGUGGAGCACCAUGGCUCCAAGUGUACAAACAUUUGCUCCAGGAGAGGUGAGACCUGAUCUAAGUGAUUUAAUCUGGGUCAAAUCAAAUGAAAUCUUUCCGGGAGAAGCUGCUGCUGCUACGUCACAGUUUCAGUGUAACUGCAGCUCAGUUCCUCCUGCUACAAAUACUGGACAGACCGGUUUUCGUGUGUCUACAGGCCUCUUUCCUCGAAGCCUGGGAGAGUAGUGUGGCCCUUUGAUAUUUGGGUUAUGUUAAAGAGUAAUCACAUGCCUCCAGUCAUUCAAUACACCUGGUCUGACAAUGGUAUUCCUCUGUGGGGGUGGAUAAAAUGGUGCUUUUAGGAGCUCAAAGUGUGGUCAGAACAGAAAAAGAAGAAAAUGAAGAUCAGGGAUGUUUCUAUGGACAUAAAUACAAAAUUAAAAGUUUAGCCGCAGCCUUUAAGACCCCAAGAUUUCUUUCUUGUUUUUCAGUUUAAUGUCAUUGCUGUGAUAAUAUAUUAUGGUUUUCUACUGCUGGUUAGACAAAACAUUUUAAACACAACCUUGUGCUCCAGGAACCUCUGAUAAGCUUUUUUUUUUUUUUUUUAAAUUUUCUUGGACUUUAAGUGACUCUAAAUGAACGUGUCAAAGAUUAUUUUGAAUAAUUAUGCAAAGGAAGUGGUUUUACUUCUCUGUUGAAUGUUUCCAUACGCUCAGUUUAUCCAGUUUCACAAUGAUUGAUUUUAUUGCCGCACAGACGAUCCCAGGAGAUCCCUCUAACCUUGCUGCUGUCUCUGAUUGUGUCACAGACGUUUUUCAUCCCUGCAUCUCAACACAGAUUUCGAAUUGUUUGUUUUGUUUUACUCCCCGAAGCUCAAAAAGAGCGGUCUUGACCUCUAUGAAGAUCUUGUUUAGAUAUAGAGGAGUACAUUUUGAUUCAGAUCUCACCUUCCAGCCACAUCUACAAAUUAAAAUCUAGUCUAGCUUUGCUCCCUCUGAAUAAGAAUUUGUAUUUACUUCAUUUUGCUCCCUUACUUUUCUCCUCACCUGCUUCACGUUUACAUUUUUGCUCCCUGUAGGCAUCGUGCUGAUCUGUGCCGUUCUGACAAACGCCCUGGUCCUGAUCUGCGUGAUCGCAGCUCAGAUGGUGACUUCAGGAAUGUCCUCCAUGGGUGGACUUGGCGGCUUCGACAUCAACUCCAACUUCAACCUGCAGGGUACCGAGCUGCAGAAAGUACGAGAACUGGACAUGCAGUACAGCCAGAUGAGGGCGCCGGGCAUCUACGGAGGCCUCGCCUUCAGCCUGACGCUCGGUGUCCUGUCGCUGCUGUUUGUUGUGGCAGGAAGUAAACCGCCCCACCUAAUGUCCAAGAAGCUUCUGUAUGGAGCGCUGGUGUUUCAGGCAGUUGGCGCGGUGGCGUAUGUGGUCGCCGUUGGGCUCUACCUGCACUUCAUCAUCAGUGUGAACUCCACUGAUGUGUGUGUGCAGCGUGAGAGGAUAUACACACGAAACGGCUACACUUGGAUGAACUGUGACGUAAGCGGGGCGGACGCAGCUGUGGCCCUGUUCGGGCUCAUCACUGCCAUCCUUUACACCGUCGGCACGGUGCUCACCAUCCGGACCAUCAAAGGAGUGAGGCGCUACCAGCAGGAGCGGAAACGAAGGGAGAUGGAGAAGCAGCAAGCGAGGGCGCACCCUCAGAGAUCCCCUCUGAGGGCCGAGACCACCUCAGUGUGAGGGGGACAAACAAGACAUGGGAGUGUUAACAUGAGAGACCCGUAAGACUCGGUCAAGAACCACAGAACCGACACCUGAAGUUUACAUCAGUGUGAAUCUUAAAUAGUAUCAUGAUUUUGACUUCAUAUUCUGCUACAACUCUGAUCAAAACACGAUGCUUUAAUUUUUACUCUGGCAGAAAGAAUGGAUGAUUUAUUUGCUUGUAUGUUUGGAGUAAAUUGUUCAUGUUGGACUUGACCAGGGAACCUCCAAUCGCACUUUUUGAUGCAAAGCAGCGGCGGCGGCUCCACUCUGAGUUCCUAUUGGCUGUCAGGCGUGUCAAACUGGUGGGGAGACCCUGAUGUGAGCCAAGACGCCCUGGAGGGUUAAAACAUGUCUCAUCGUGCCUCGGAGGAUUCCCCAGAUAUCUGCAUGUAAAGAUCAGAAACUGCUCAGUCAUCAUGAGUCUGUGAGUUCUGAGUUUGAAUUUCACUGAUCAAAACCUGUAUGCGACCAAAACCAGCUCAGGAAUUCAAUUACUAGACCAGACAACUUUAUGGAAAAUUCACCUCACUAACAACUCGAUGAAGAAGGACUAAACUUCCUGUUUCAAUCACGGUCAUGUUAAGCUUUUCCUCCCUCGGCUCAGGAGACAAAUAAAUGAAAUAUCGAAGCUUUUAAACCCGAUUAGAAGAUUACAAAUUCUCAUUUUCUUUAACUCUCAGAGUUUAAUCAUCACAUUACGUUAAACACUCCUCUUAAAUUUGUGAUGUUGCUCUGCAGAGGCUAAUUUUGAAGCUGAAGCAGUAACCUGACCCAGCGUCUGUGGUUUUUAGUCAUAAUGACUGUGAGUGACUGUGUCUGAAGUUUAUAUUGAAGUGUUUGUUUGUAUGUUUGAUUUUAACUUGUUAAUUGUUGUUUUUAUAUCAAAGUUUGAUGUUUUUAUCCAAGAAUUUUGAUACUGAAUCUGUAAAAACAAAUUAAACCUUUAUAUCAAGA